CGCUGCCAGUAAGCGGAUUACUUUUGGCUGACUGGGUAAAAAUAUGUAAUACUUGAAUUAGCUGUUUGCUGCAUAUACCAAGUUUCUUACCUAUCGGCUCCGGGUUGGUCUCACUUGACUUGGUUGUUUCUUGAAGAAAAUAAUUAAAACAACCUGUACACCACUUUGUUAUACUCUAAUCCCUGCAAUAUCAACUGACCUGCACGGAUUAUGGCAGCGUUGACCAACGACCCAGGUCGUUUCGCAUGCUGACCUUAUAUGCAUUUUUCAGUGGAUUGCCCAUAUUAUUUUUGUACUGGAAGGGAUGGAAUCAUGGGAACUGGCCACUGGCAUGCCGUAUACAUUAAUGUCCUUUUGAUGGUACUUCUCUUUCCUACUUAUGCUUUUGCUGAUAAGCACCCGAAACCGCCCAAACCCAAGCAUGGUGCACACGAUUCCAGUUCGGAGGAAGAAGGCCCAUCUGGACGGGAGGGACUGCGGUGUUACAAGUGUGACCCAACGGAUUACAACAACUACUGCCGGGAUUUCAAGCCCAAUUUAGCCACACCGUACGACUGCUAUAUACCUCCAACGGACACCCGGCAUUCCAAGAAUCCCACACCGCUGGAAGUAUCACUAGAUCCCGAUAAGCCGUUUUCGUGCUACAAAAUUAAAGGGGACGUCGCUUAUGGGCACGGGAAAGUGUACGGUGCAAAACGGUAUGGAUGUGGGCAUUUAACAAAAUUCAAAGAAGCGCCUAUUAGGACCCUGGAUCAUGAGUGCGUGGAUGUGAAGCUGGGCAAGGAUAAAAGCAAAGAGUUCUUCGAAGGAACUAUUUGUAACUGUGAUAAUGCCGAUGGAUGCAAUGCGGCACCCAAGAAAUUUUCUUAUUACUUCGUAUCCCUGCUAAUUCGCCUAAUUGCUUAUAUUUUUUCUGUUACUUUCAGAAUAUAAAAAAUACGGGUAAUAUAUGAGCAUGCGAGAACGAUUUAAUUUUAAAUAGUCAUUAAAUCUAGUACUAGUCAAAAUGCAAGAUUAUCAAUUAAUCGUGCAGAGCCUUUCCAGUACCACGAAAUAUAUUGAAACAUGGAUAACUACAGCCCUAUUUUGUUCAAGAUUGCUUGCCAGUUUAUUGGUCCAACGAUUUUUUUCGUCAUAAUUACUGAAGUAUUUACGUUGCUGCGACAUUUACGUUGCUAAAUAAAAAUAACUGUUUCG